AUGCAUAUUUCCAACCAAAUCAGACUUACGAUUACUCUGACAUUAUUAUCGUUAACUGAUUUUGCUUUCACUUUUUAGGAUUUCUCCUCUAUUCAACUUAUACUAUCCAUUUUUCUACUUUUCUCUAAUAUUGGUAUUUAUAUCAUUUUAUCUUAGUCAGUAUGUUAUUACUUAAAUAUAAAAACCUAUCCUUUAUCAUUAUUAUUUUAUACUAUGCAAAAGAGAUUACUUUAUAUGGACCAAAUCUUACUUGGCCAGUAUUAUAUCUUUUUAAAAAGAUUGGCACUUAAUCAAUUAUUUUCCUUUUUUUGUUUUCUAUUCAAAUCCUAUUAUAUUAUGUUGAUUCUCUAUAGAAUUUGACUUUCAAAACUAAAGAACAUUAUUGUAUUCAACUAAUCAUUAUAUUGUUAUCUGAAACCUACUCCAUUUAUAUUAAAUAAAAACCAUUUAAUUAGUGUAUUCGUCUUUUAUUAAAACAAUUUAAAUAAGACUGCAUUCUUUAAUUAUUCGAUAGAAAUUACGAUAACAUUUCAAUUAUUUCAAAAAAUUCCCUUAUUGUAAACAAAUAACAAAAUACUUAAAAUAUUUUUAAUUCUCCAAAAUCAUAUUAAAUUUAAUUAUCUAACCAUGAAUAAUAAUUACUUUAUAAACUUUAUUUUAAAAACUAAGGAUUAGAAUCUAAUUAAUUAUUAACUAAAAUGGAAUUUAGAUCUUCUAAAGAAUUAUUGCUUUUUCUCAAAAAUAAUCAAUAACAUUACACCUUAAUUGUUUUGAAUGACCCUUAAAUUAAUUAAAAAGUUUUAUAUCAAGUUAAAUAUUUAUAAAAAGAUACUUUUUAUCUUUUAUAUUAUAUCAAAGUAGAAAAUGGAUUUACAUUUUGGUAAAAUCAUAAAAUUUCUAAAUAUAAAUUAAAUCUAAUUAAUAUUUUUAAUCAUUAAUUAAAAACUCCUUUAAAUGCAACACUUGGACAUCUUAUUACAGCUAAUGAAGAUGAAAAUAUUAUUGAAUAAGUUAAAUUAUCUUAUCUAUAGCCUGCUUUAUUAAAUUGUAGAUUAUAAUUAUAUUUAAUCCAAGAUUUACUUGAUUAUUUGUCUUUUGAAUUUGAACAAUUAACUAUUAUGAAUAAUAAAACUAAUUUAUCAUCUCUAUUAUCAGAAUUAUACGAUCUUAUCGAAAGUUAAUGUAAAAUUAAAAAAAUAGAUAUUCUAUUUAAAAUUAAUAAUUAAAUUUUUGAUAAAUUUGAUUCAAAGUAUUUUUGCAUAAAUACUGACUCUAAUAAAUUGAUUCGAGUUUUACUCAAUCUAUUAAAUACUUCAUAUAGAUACACAGAAGAAGGUGGAUGUAUUAGUCUAGAAAUUAAAAUUGAUUAAUUUAAUAAAAUUACAUAUUUUACAAUUACUGAAGAUGGAUCAAGUCUAAGUGAGGAAUAAAUAUUAUAAUUAACAGAUUAAUUAAAUUAAUUAGAUGAUUAUAUCAAAAACAAAUCAAAUAAAUUAUUAUGUGUGGAUAACUGUAUCAAUUAGGGAAUAAAUUUAUAUUUAGUAAAUAAAUUAAUUAAAUUACUAAGUGGAGAUAAUAGUAAAUUGUAAUUGAGAAUUUAAUAAAAUAAUUAAUUACUCUUUUCUUUUUCUAUAAGUGAUACUAAAGAAUUACAAUCUGAAAGUUCUCUUGUAAGAUCUAAAAAUAAUAGCUUAAUUAAAUAGAAAUCAAUAAGAAGUUUGAAUAAAAUAAAUUUUUAAUAAAGUCCAAAAAUAUCUAAAUUUAAACAAUUAUCCCAAAGAUAAUUUAAUUGUAAAUCUAGUAGUUCAGUUGUGUUACAAUAGUAAUAGUAAGAAAUAAUUGAUAUUGAGCCUAUUGCAUAAAUUCCUAGCAUAAUAUAAACAAAUAAUAAUAAACAUAUUAAUUCACAUAAACGAAAUAAAUUUAUAUGCUUAAAAAAAUCAAAAGAUUUCUAACAAUGUUAGAAAACAAGUUCAAAAAUAAACUCAGGUGAUUAAGGUAUAAAUUAGAAUAAAAAAACAGAAAAAUAUGUAUUAGUAGUUGAUGAUGAGCCAUUCAAUCAUGAAACCUUAUGUUUAAUGUUAAAGAAUAUUGGAUUUAAUAAAUUUUUGAAAGCUUUCAAUGGAUAUUAAAGUUUAGAUUUAGUUAAAGAAUAUCAUGAUUAAAUAUUUAUGAUAUUGAUGGAUAUUGAUAUGCCAGUAAUGAAUGGAAUAGAAACAACUAGAAAAUUAGAAAGCAUGAUUUGUGAAAAUUCAGUAAGUUAUAUACCUAUAAUUGGAUGUACUGCUCAUGAAGAUUAUGAAACACAUUUAAAAUGUUUUGAAGCAGGAAUGAUACAUGUAGUGAUAAAGCCAGUUUUUAUUAAAUCAAUAUAAGAAGCAUUGUUUAAGAUUUCUGAAUUAAAUUCCUAAGAAACUAUUAAAGAAAAUACUUUAUCAAUGUAAAGAGUUUAAUCUUAAUCUUAUGAUUUUUAGUGA